AUGCGGGGGCUCCUGCUGCUGUGGCUCUUGGCGCUGGGGCUGGGCCUGGAAGGUGGUCUCCAAACCCACAGUCUCUACGACGAGGGUGGGAGCACAGGUGGAGACAAUGGUGAGCACCAAGGGAUACAUCCCGGCCUGCGCAGCUUCCCUGGCCAGAUCUGCACCAAUGACAGUGACAGCCUGGACCUCUCUGACAGCUCUCGGGCGCUUCUGCUGGGCUGGGUGCCCACCAGGCUGGUGCCUGUGCUCUAUGGCCUGGUCUUGGCAGUGGGGCUGCCCACCAAUGGCCUGGCACUGUGGGUACUGGCCAUGCGGGUGCCGAGGCUGCCCUCCACAGUGAUGCUGAUGAACCUGGCAGCUGCGGACCUGCUGCUGGCCCUGUCACUGCCACUGCGCUUUGUCUACCACCUGCGGGGCCAGCGGUGGCCCUUCGGCGAGGCUGCCUGCCGCCUGGUCACAGCUGCACUCUACAGCCACAUGUAUUGCUCUGUCCUGCUGCUGGCUGCCAUCAGCCUGGACCGCUACCUGGUCGUGGUGUAUCCGCUGCGGUCCCGAACCUUUCGAGGCCGAUGUCUGGCCACUAGGCUCUGUGCUGCAGCCUGGCUGGUGGCAGUCGCCCUGACCCUGCCCCUGAUGCUGCAGCGGCAGACCUUCCUCCUGUCACGCUCUGACCACAUGCUCUGCCACGAUGCGCUGCCCCUCGGCGACCAGGCCACCUAUUGGCGGCCGGCCUUUAUCUGCCUGGCCGUGAUAGGCUGCUUCUUGCCGUUGUUGGUCAUGCUGCUGAGCUACGGGGCCACCCUGCGCAUGCUGGCCGCCAGUGGACAGCGCUACAACCACGCGCUGAGGCUGACUGGGCUUGUUCUGGCCUCAGCGUUGGCCUUCUUCACGCCCAGCAACGUGUUGCUGCUGCUGCACUACUCGAACCCAGGCCCAGAGGCCUGGGGGGACCUGUAUGCCGCCUACAUGGCCAGCCUGGCGCUCAGCGCCCUCAACAGCUGCGUGGACCCCUUCGUCUACUACUACGUGUCAGCCGAUUUCAGAGCCAAGGUGUGGGAGGGGCUAUUCCGCCGGGAACCUAGCACCACCUCCAACUCCCGGGAAGUGGGAGGCGCAGGGACAGGCACCCGGUCCUCUUCACUUGUGUGA